AAGAUCGAGGAAGCAAUUGAGUAUGGCUACAAACCCUGUAACUACAGCAGUGAUGCCUAUGAUCUUGCACUUCUCGUCUAUUGUCUUGGUGGGGCUAACUUACUCUAUGUGCUCAACCACCGUCUUGGUCUCCUGUCUCUCCACUCUGUCGUCCACAACCACUUCAGUCCUGUCACAAUCACCCCAGUUAUUGGAACGAUCACUCUCAACGUCGUCGUCAAGAACAUCCAUGGAGUUGUUGUAGAACCCCAUAUUGCAGCUGGCUGCACAGCUCUCCAUGGUGUCAGUUUGCUGACAGAUGAGGUUGCACUUGAAGAGUGCGCUGUUUACUUUCCCUCUGCAAAUGUGGCGGGCAGCCUAUGCUGGAAGCAUGGUCACACUGUUGAUCCUGUCCUCAAUACCUACGAGUCAGCUAUGCAUAUUGCCAAAAAACUCACAUCUGGUGAGGUGCAUCUUGGGAAGGAAAUGACUGUCAUCAUUGCACACUGCUUUGGUGAGGAUCAAACAUAUCCUAUUCUUGCUGCACCAUCAUGCAAGGAGGAGGACUACAAUGACUGGGAAAAGGUUAUUGAGAACGUUAUUGAUGCAUGGUACUCCAACGAUGCACAGAAGCUGGUCGGCCCACCGUGGUCUUUUGUGACGGAUGGUGACUCCACCAGACAAAAAGCUGGACACAAGAUUUUCAUGAAAUCAAAGCUCGAUGAAUCAUCACCCCUCUAUGGCAUACUCUCUGGUCUCCCUGGCCUUAAUCUUCAAACUGGUCCCCAUGACAUGAUGCUGGACUUCGAUUACAAGCAUAUCAUAAAGCAUGAUCAUCUGACUCUUGUCCCAGGUUUUUGCACUAUGCUCUGCUCAGUCCAUGGGGUAAUGCUUAACAAUGGGUGUCAUAUAAAUGCAAAGUUUCUACUUCGCUAUCUGACCUGGCUUGAGGAUUGUGAUAAUGUCAAGGCACAGAAGCUCCUCUACCCUGAUGACCCACAAGACGUCCCAUGCGCAGUAGAACUCAUCAAGGCAAUCACCCAGCUUGGGCAGAUCAACCCCACACAGGCACCUUAUGCACAGCCAGGCUACCCUCCUGAUGUCAAUGCCAUCAUGGAUUUUGAGGUGCUCUCGAUGCUAGGGAACCUGCUACAUCACCUCCUUGAGCCAUUCACCAAUACCAUGCUUUCUCUCACAGAACAAGUUAUGCACCUCUCUGCUUUUGCUCACUUACUCUUUGCUCUCUAUCAUGCACAUCAAUGUGCUUUCAUGCCAGAUCAAUUGUAUUAUGAUACUCAAACCAUGGUCAAGAAUGCUAUCUUUUGUAUUGCAAAACAGCAGCAGCUCGAUGCUUCCUUCCCCUUUUAUCUCCCAGAUGUUGGAGAUGAUGCCAUUGAAUUACUCUUUGCAUUCCUGUGGAUGUGUGGUGGUCAUAACAGCGCAAUUAACUACAAACAAGCCAUUGAUCAUCUGUGUGCAGUGAGGGAUGUUGGGAGUAUCUAUGCAUGUAACCUGGAUCUCAGUCAUGGCCAUCAUCGUCUCAAUUUCUCUCACUCAGAACACGUCAACCACAUCAAUCAUCAGAUGUGGAAUGGUGACCUCACAUCACACAACUGCAACCUUCCGAGUGCUUGGACCCAUGGGCAUGCUAUUGCCCUAGGGUUGCUCACAGACUCAACCCUCGAUCCAGAUGAUUAUGCCUUUGACACCUUGUUCACAAACUCUGAUGUGGACUUACUCUCUGUCUUCGGUCACAGGAGGUAUCCAGGAAUCAAUGAUGAUGGAGAUGACAUUGAUGGUGAUGACCCAAGUUCCAUCACACCUGCUCCCACCACAACUACAACCAUAGAGCGUUCCAAUCCUUGCGAAGCUCAGAUUGAGGUGGACCUGGAGGAAGUUCAUGGAGAUGAGGUGGAGGAGGCAGAGGAGGUGAGUGAAGAUGUUCCAAGCUUCGAAGACAAACUUGAGGAUGAGAUUGGUGAUCCUACCUUAUUGGUCAAAAAUGGGGAUUCUUCACUGUUGUCUCCACCAUCUGGCCCUGGCAUCUGGCCUCUCGAUUACCUCUUCGUCAACAGCAAAUAUGUUCACAAAUCUAUGGUCUGUUGUGUUCUUUUCAAUGGUAACUUCACCCCCAAGUCACACGAUCACCUCCUUCGAGUUCGUGGCUACACAGCUGUCAAUAAGCCCAUGGAAAGUGUGUCAUUGCUAUCUGACUCAACUGCAGCCUGCGCUUCUUUCAUUGUUGGCAACCCUUACCUGACGCUCAUCCACUUUCAUGACAAUGCUACCCAUCUUGCCCUACUUCGUUCAACGGCUAUCCAUGAGAAUGGCAUUUCACGUUCUGAUAUCAAUUUUGACACUCUCCUCUCAGUAGCUGGAAAGGUGAAGAUUACUGGCGAGAUUCUUACUCUAUUGGUGUCUCCACUGACACCUGAUGAUGAUUGCUUCUGGAUCUGGAAUGGAGUGUAUUUGAAGGCUAGUUCUCCCCUCCCCGGAUCCAAUGUCUCAACACAGAAAGUGGUUGAGAUGACAACACUCGGUGCCUUGAUCCAUCUUGUCAAUCCUAGCAUUGUCACUGCUGCCAACUACCUGCCUUCUGAGCACUUGGCCGAAGUCAACUCUCAUGGCAUCACAUGGGCUAUCAGUAACAACACACUUGAGGUAGCUGUUAAUGUGUUGUGGAAGUGGAUUGUGGAUUCAAAGCUCGCUGUCUCGAAUAUCACACUGAUGCAGAUCUCGAAUUUAAGCUUUCUGUACUCAAUGAAUGGUGAGAUUAUCCAAGAGUACUAUAUACCUGUACUAAAAUACUUUCAGGCAGUCCAGCAUUGUCUUGUGAAGAAGCAAGAGUCACAUUGUGUGCUGGUAGUGGGAAUGCCAACUGCAGACUUAUGUUCUCAUAUGGGCACACACAUCCUUCGUGCAUCGCGAGGGGUAGGAGAGACUGAUUUGUAUUCUGCUGUUGGUCAGUUGUUUCCAUGUGGUUUCUGUGGAUGUUCAGGUCAUUCCGAUUGCGUGGUCAAGUUGAAGUCAACCAAACACACAAAAGAGAUCGAUACAUGCUGCAUUUACCAAAUCCCCUUCAAAUAUGGAUUUGGGGAGCGAGGAUCCACUGCCUGCCCAUGCCACAAUGUCCCUGUUGUCUGUCCAUUAUGUGUCCACCAUGGGCGCGAUACCGAGUUCAGAGAUGCAGUUUGGCACUAUAACAUGGAGCAGCACCUCGGCUUCUUCCAUCCAGAGUACGCUCAUCCUGGAAAGGUGAUGGGUCACCAUUUACCCCACCAUGUCUUUGACAUCUUAUACAUCAUGCCCGCCAAGGAGAAGAAAGCUGGUGUUCCUGCUCGCCCUGCUUUUACACUCAUUGCUGAGAAGGAGAACUACAGGGAUUUAGCAGUUUCCACUGGGCAGAAGAGGAAGGGCAACAGCACAAGGGCAGUCGCCGCUGGGGGUAGCUGUUUGUCUAGAGGCAAACGAGCUCGCACAUAG